AUGCCAUCCAAUGAUUACAGUUCUUCGGAUCAGAUCAACACUUUAUAUGUGCGAAACCUCAAUGAGAAGAUUUCGAGAGAAAUGUUGAAAAACGCACUGAUCUCGACGUUUAAGAAGUAUGGACUCAAGGUACUCGAUAUAACUACAUUUAAGAAUGUGCGACUUCGAGGUCAGUCUUUUAUUACCUUAGCAUCACAUAAGGAUUGCUUAAAGGCGAUAGAUAUCAUGAAUACAAUUAUUAUUCUUGAUAAGCCGAUCGAUAUGCAUAUAGCGAAAGUGAAUAGUGAUAGAGGUAUUGAGGAAUUGAUGAAGCAAGCAGAUCAUGAAAAUUACAAAGUGAAGUUUGAAGAAUAUCUAAGGAAGCAGCGCUCACAUAGAUUACAGUUACGUAAAAGCGAUGGAAAUAGCAGGAAGAGAGUGUUGUCUGAGGUGGAGGAUGAUGUUGAUCAGCAGCAAAAUAAAAAGGCCAGAAAGACUAAAACCUCAAAGCAACCUCCUCAAAACAAGAUUCUCCUUCUUACAAAGUUACCUAGUGAUGUGAUAGAAGAUCGCUUGUUCUCCGUCUUUGAUGAAUAUAAAGGGUUCCUCAAUUUAACCCUUGUCGGAAUAAGGCAUCUUGCACUAGUUGAAUUCAAAUCGGAAGAUGAGUCUGCUCGGUGCCUACAAGAUCUCGACGGAAAGGUAACAAUAAACGGAAAUGUAUGUGAACUACAGUUUGCAAAGAAGUGA